UUUGAAGAGUAAUGCCAUGUCAAACAACUAUUCAAACCGUGCAUACGAGUUCACCAACGAAACGAACGAAAAGAAGACUUCAUCUUUAAAAAUUCUUGUUUGUGGACAAUUAUUAGGUAUAAUAGUUUUUAUCAUCGGCUUUGCUGCAGGGCUUUGCAUUGGAAUAUUUGUGUACAAUGGUAACGAAUCAAAAUUAGCACAGACGGAAAACUGUCAAAACCAAAGAGAUACAGGAAGGUUGGAAACCAAACACGCCGUACAACCAGUUAUUACAACAGCUACAAAUGAUAUUCCGUCAUUAGUAAAUCGUGGUAAGGAGACAUUAGACGAAACCGGAAAUGUCAUGAACAAAGACGGGGAGCACACAACGACAUCAGAUGAUUCUGAUUUACAUACAUGUAAAAGGUGUGUCUGGAGAAAUCCGAUCCUGCCAUCAGAACGACCUAAUUUAUUUGCUCCUCUGAGUGCUGAAGAAAUGAUCCUCGUUCAUAGAACUCUGGUGGACUUUAAAAUUGUAGACGUUGAUCAUGGUCAAGAGAUUUCGUUCAAAUCUAAUUUCAUAGGAACAAUGUUCUUACAUCCACCUAACAAAAGUGCAGCUUUGCAGUAUUUAGACGAUGAAGGCAAGUUCCCGGGUAGAUACGCAACUGCAGUCGUCAUCAGAGGUAAUAUUGACCAAAAGGAUUAUAUGCAAUAUAAGAUUGGCCCAUUGGAGGGACAAUCACCCGCUGUCAAAGUGACCAAGCUAUUGGAAAAUGGAGAGGUGCCGUAUGAAAGUAGACCUUAUGAUAAUGUUGAAAUAGGGGAGAUAAUUUUUUUCAUUCUAGCGGAUUUAGAUAAACUAGCGGUGCUACUGAAAGACAGUUUUGACAUAAACAACGUGUACGAAGACGUUUCUAUCAUGCCGAAUGGGCCAUAUAAUGACGGAUCUGGGAGAGUUAGUCGGUUUACAAUAGGAUUAAGAGGUUUAGGUGAUAAAGAGUUCGACUUCUUAAACAUCCUACCAUUUACUGGAAGAUUGUCCCAUAGCGGACAAAACACGUCAGAUUGGUAUACAUUUGACUUCUUUUACUUAAAUCAAGGUCCGUUUUCAAAUAUAACAGAGCUGAUAAAUGUAUAUAACAGUGGAAAACUGAAGUAUAUAAAAUAUCCGGAAGGGUACAAAGAGCAUAUAAUUCAAUCGACUCUUCCGAUUAGAAAUGUUUACUCUCCUGUAAGACCGGAAUCCCAGUAUCCGGGAACUAGUACAUACGAACCUCAUGGUCCUAGAUAUACAAUUUCUGGUCAUGCUGUCAAUUGGAUGGGUUGGUCGUUCACUGUUUCUACGGGUCAACACAGAGGACCGUCAAUAUUUGAUGUAAGAUUUCAGGGAGAAAGAAUAAUUUACGAAAAUUCUUUGAACGAGAUAGCACUGGUUUAUUCUGCUGAUGGCUCAGGACAAGAUAACAUGGUAUACCUGGAUUCUGUGUAUGGGUUAGGAGAGGCAAAACGGGCCAUUCCGCGAGUUGACUGUCCAGUUUACGCGUCCUACUUGAACAGUUCGAGUUGGAAUCCCAGAGGACUAAAACCUUCAAUUUUACCGACAUUUUGUAUUUUCGAGGUUAAUGCUCAAGAUCCUUUAUGGCGGCACAAAGGGCCGCAUGUUGAAGGCGGACUUAACAACAACUUUUUGGUGGCUAGGUAUCCUACACAGGUUGGUAACUAUGACUACAUUAUUGAUUUUCAGUUUUAUCUCGAUGGAAGAGUUAAGACAACUGCUUCUGCCACUGGUUUUAUUCAGGGGUCUUUUUGGAAUCCGUCUUCAGAUGUUCAAACUCCGUUCGGGUACAAAGUUACAAAUUCUCUCAUUGGUCCAAUACAUGAUCAUACAUUUGGAUUUAAGGUAGAUAUGGAUGUAGCUGGCAAAGAAAAUGACUUCCAGUUAAUUCAUUGGAAAUACGGCGAUAACAACCGUGCAAUGAAAAACAAAAGUAAAACCGACUCUUCGAAUUAUUUCUUUUACAAUCAUACUAGAUAUAUAGAAUGGGAUUAUGUAGAGAAGGAAACUGGACUUAAAGUUGACACGGAAAACCAAAAAUAUUGGACCAUGAUCAAUAGAAACAAGAAAAAUAAACAUGGUGUUAACCGCGGCUAUAGAAUUAUUCCUAUGACAACAAGUUCACAAAAUCUUCCUGACGAUUAUCCAAGAAUGCAGGAACUUUCGUUUACAAAAUAUCACUGUGCAAUAACUAAACAGAAAGAUAAUGAACAAUACUUAAAACCUCUGUAUUUUCCAGUGGAUAAUAAACUUUUUAAUGAUACAUCUCCUACACAAUUAUAUUUACAAGAUAUGUUAGAUGACGAGUCUAUCGCAAAUGAAGAUAUAGUGACUUGGUUAUCAGUUGGAUUUCUACAUAUUCCUACAUCUGAAGAUGUUCCCAUGACAAUUAAAGUAGAAUCAGGAUUCACGCUUAAACCCUUUAAUUUCUUUGACAGGACAGCGACAUUCGAUGUGCCAGCUUUAGCAGUGUUCAAUAAUACUGUUUAUGAUAAUGCACCUGUACCUGAAAUGUGUAUUUCUGAACCGUACCCUAUUCAACAUUAAGUCUACAUUGUGUAUGAAAUCUAUAUGAAAUUAAAACAAAAUACAUGUAACUCAAAGUUAAAACAACGAUACAGAUUGCACCAAUCAUGAUGACAUUUAUCCAAAUCAUUGCAAUCUUUGAACUUGUCGUAAAGUUAACUCCUACUAUUUGAAUUAAGGCUGAUCAAGUGAGAGGAAUAUGUAUUUUCUGUUCAAUGGCCUGAUAGAUUAAUGAAGAGCACAGUGAUAUUCGUAAAUCUGUUCCACAGUCUGAAGGUAGCAAAGAGAACUCUUACUGAAACGCGUCCCUGUCUAUAAGUAAACACCAACUAUUCAGUAAAGUAACUUGAAUUCUGAAUAAGAAUCUGUAUUUAAUCACUCGGUAUCUUAAUAAAGAUCACAUUUGUGUCGGAGGGAAAACUCCUCCACCUUAAGCGUACUCUUUGAAAACGUUGUUGCUUAAAAGUUUUAGACAAAAUUUCACAUUCAUAUAUUUUAUUGGCUUUGUAUUUAAUAGUUGUUUUACAGUAACGCAACAAAGGUGAAAAUGUAAUUAAGUAACUUUUGAAACGUCAGAGGUACAUUGAAACGAGAAACAGAGAUGGAUUAGACAAUUUGUAACAAUGAUAGAUUAAAAUGAAUUUGUGGUAAUUGAUGUAUAUGAACAGCUCAUUUUUGUUAGUAUCAUGCAUGAUGUUUAGGUUCAUUAAAUUUGAAUGUUUCAUUUAAAAUGUUACGGGUUACCAAUAAAGUAAUUAAACUGC